UUAUUUUUCUUAUGGUUUUAUCUGAAAAUUCGAUCACUUUAAUAAUUUACAGAUUUCUGGUGAGAUAAAGUCUUAAUGGAAAAACUUGUGAACGGUAUAUUUUGAAAAAAAAAGACGCGUAAACUCAAUUUGUAACCAGGAAAUCGUGAAUAGAUGUCAUAGUUUUAUUGCUGUGUUUCUUUUCCUGUCCGGUAAAAAAAGAUGAAGAGGGAAGUGUAAUUUUACAUUUGACGGAUACAAACUUAACUAGGAUGUGAUAGGAGUUUUAAAAAUCAGUUUAUGACAAUAUAUUCAAAUGGAAAAUUUCUCUUUCACCGGUAUUCCAGAUGUGAAAGAGACCAACUUAACAGUGAAGUCAUUUUUAGCCAAACCUUCACCGGUCCCGUCAGCAGUAACUUUUACUCUUGGUGUCACAGGAAACAUCAUAGCAAUAUUUUUCCUUUUCAAAGCAUCAAAAAGUCAUAAAUGGAACGUGUUUUACAGGUUCGUAACAGCUUUAGCAUUGACAGAUCUUUUCGGUAUUUUGACUACAUCACCAGUUGCGUUUGCCGUUUAUGACAAUGAUCUUGUAUGGGUUGGCGGACAACCACUUUGUCAUUAUUUAUCAUUCAUGCUAACCUUUGCAGGAGUUGCCACGGUAGUAUUUGUGGGAGCCAUGGCACUAGAUAGAUACCUGGCUAUUACAUUUCCAUUUAAAUAUAGUCAGUGGAAUAAAGAUACCAUCGUUAAUAUAAUCAUCGUUGGAAUAUGGAUCGGGUCAGCGUUUGUGGCCUGCUUGCCGCUUAUGGGACUUGGACAUAAUAUAAAACAGUUCCCAGGAACAUGGUGCUUUUUCAACUUUUUUGGAAACACUGUUGAAGAUCAGAUAUUUUCAUACUUUUACGCUUCAAUUGGUUUAGGUGUUAUUUCAAUGACGGCAAUCCUGAACAUACUUGUAAUAGUAGCUUUGACUCGUGGGAAGAGAAGCCACGCCCGACGUGGGAGUAUUAGUAGUAAAUCUGCGCGUGCAAGGACAGAUAUUUAUAUAACUGUGUUUUUAGUGGCUAUAUUUGCUACGUUUGCUAUUUGCUGGACACCAUUUAUGAUUCGAAUAAUAAUCAACUCGACAGGCGUUAUUAAAAUCGACAGAAGAACAGAUCUUAUAACACUGAGAUUAGCCACUCUGAACCAGAUUCUAGAUCCGUGGGUAUAUAUACUGUUUAGGCGCGAAGUCUUAGUCAAAAUAACAAAAUUUAUCAGAAAAAGGAGAAAGGGUUCAUUUCUUGUAAGAUUGGCGAGUUUUACCAGCAGUUUUAAGAGCAAUGUGUCGGAUCCAGAAAAAAUGGGAAAUUUUGAUAAAGAAAAACAAAACGCAGAUGUGACAAAGCCUUCGCAAGAGGAUAUAAAGCAGCUGACCGUUGACAUUAUUAGUAAUCAUCAAGAUCAGAAUAGUCAGGCUAAUAGUACUGACAAUCAAAUUGACGUUGAUGAAGCUUUUAUACCAACCAAUAACGUUGAAUCAAGACUUCCUGAAGUUGUAUCUGUCAGUGAUGAUCAGGUUAUAAUUAAUUAGCCAAUAUUAUUGUCGGAGUCGAUAUAAACAGCAUUUAACAACUAUAGUCUACAAACAUAUAUACUUAACGAUAAAUUCAUUUUAUUAUACGGAACAACAAAUA